UUAAAUUUAACCAAGAGAACUUUAUCAAGUACAUGUACUUUUUUUAUUUUGGUCAUCAUCUCUUCUCAAAAUCCUAAUUAUCACAUUCAAUCUUCCUUGAUUGAGGCUAUCAUUAUCGAACAACUCUUGAAAAUUCUGUGAAAUGACAGUUGUAGUUGCAUGGACGACCCAUUUAUGCUUUCACCAUCCUCUCUUAUACCAUAUUCGGCAUUGCAGCAACUCUGUUGUAGCAGUUGCAUCAACCACUGAACAUAAAGAAGAGGGUCAUCUUCCAGUAAUUAAUUCUGCCUCCAAAAAAGAAAAGGUAAAUGGUGAAAGAAAGGCACCUGAAUGGAAGAAGCUGGACGCUGAAGAACUUGGAAUCAGUAAUUCAAUUAUAUCAAGACCUACAAGAGUCGUGCUUAAUGGGCUCAAGAAGAAAGGAUAUGAGGUCUACCUUGUUGGAGGUUGUGUAAGGGAUCUUAUCUUAAAGAGAAUCCCAAAAGACUUUGAUGUUAUAACUUCAGCUGAACUUAAGCAGGUAAGAAAAGCCUUUCAUCGAUGUGAAAUUGUUGGGAAACGGUUUCCUAUAUGCCACGUGCAUGUGGAUGAUGCCAUUGUGGAGGUUUCAAGUUUUAGCACUUCUCAAUUGAAGUCUGAUGGGAAAUUCAAUGGUAAUGUCAGAAAACCUCGAGGUUGCAGUGAGCGCGAUUUUAUUCGAUGGAGGAACUGCUUGCAGCGGGACUUUACAAUCAACGGGUUGAUGCUUGAUCCAUAUGCGAACAUAGUGUAUGACUAUAUGGGAGGAAUUACAGACAUUAAGAAAACCAAAGUCCGUACAGUAAUACCUGCAAAUCUUUCUUUCGUGGAGGAUAGUGGUCGCAUUUUACGUGCAAUCAGAAUUGCUGCCCGUUUACAUUUUGGUUUUACUAGAGAUCUUGCUCUUUCUCUAAAAGAGCUUUCUCAUUCUGUGCUUAGGCUGGACAAGGGUAGGAUACUCUUGGAACUGAAUUAUAUGUUCGCAUAUGGAUCUGCAGAAGCUUCUUUGAGAUUAAUGUGGAGAUUUGGACUUCUAGAGAUCCUUCUACCCAUCCAAGCGUCUUAUUUUGUUUCCCAAGGCUUUCGAAGACGGGAUGAGAGAUCAAAUAUGCUUCUGUCUUUGUUUUCCAAUCUUGAUAGACUAGUAGCACCUGAUCGGCCAUGCCACUCUAGCUUAUGGUUAGGCAUUUUCGCUUUCCAUAAGGCUCUGGUUGAUCAGCCUCAAGAUCCAUUGGUAGUUACUGCAUUUAGCCUUGCUGUCCACAGUGGUGGAUCUUUACUGGAAUCCGUGGAAAUUGCAAGGAGGAUAUCCCAGCCAUAUCAAUCCAGUUUCCCCGAAUUAUUGGAAGCACAGAAUCCAGAUUCAAAUAAUGCAUUGGUGCAUAAAACCAUCAAUUUUGCUGCAUUGGUCAAAACUGCGUUAUGCAAUAUGACUGAUGGAUGUUAUGUCUCUAAAGCAAUGGCUAAAUACCCCAAAGCACCGUCCUCAGAUUUGGUUUUUAUCCCCAUGGCCUUGUUUCUAAGAGUGAGCAAGAUUUUUGAAUGCGUUAGAAGAAGGGGCAUGGAGACAAGAUUUGUGCGCCGACAGGGGAGGAAGAUUGACUAUGAGUCUUUGGCAAUGGGUAGCUUGGAGGAGGUUAGACAUGUAUUUGCAAGGAUAGUUUUCGACACUGUUUACCCUCCAAACCAAAGCAAUGAGAACAAUGUUGCUAAUCAAAGACCUUGACCGUACAUUAUUACCAUUUGAUUAAUGACUUAUUUUCCAUCCAAUCUAUCAGAGUUUUUUUA